AUAUACCUGCAUAAUUAAAACAAAGAAGGUCACAAAAUGUGUUUAGUUGUCGGAUUAUGAAUUGACGUUCAACGUUAACCAUAUACACAACGCAGCUUGACGUAGACUACAGAAACAAUGCACAUGUAGAGUAAUACACUAAAGAUGGAUGUCCAUCGUUAAUCAUAACACCAACACAAGAUAGGAUAUAAACAAUGUAGAUUGAUACACUAUAAAGAUGGAUACCAACUCGACCUCAAUGACAACUGUACCAUCCAGUGAGCAACUCAGUAGAGACGGUAGUGUUUUUGUGGUUGCAUUUAUUUCACUGUGUGUUGGACUCAUCAACUCUCUGGUCAUUGUCCUCACGAUCAUGUGGUUAUACAGACAUUAUAAAGUAAGAAGCGAAAACGACCAAUCAAGAAAGAUCAAGACAGGCAAACCAAGCAAAGUCCUCUCCAUUGAUUACAAGAUGACGUCCCUGGAUAUGAUGACUGCUGAUGAAUACUGCCCUCAACGGUACACUUCAUCCACGAAUGAACGCAUGGCCAGCACCGGGCAACAAGUGGGGCACACGGACCGACAAGUUGAAAUGGAUAAUGGUGCCUUUACGGUGGAUCCGGAAAGCGUGCAGUUUGAACCACCGGAUCACGUCAAUAUGCACCCAUCGAGGGGGACGUUAUAGCCUGAACAUCUGACGUCACAAAUUGACGUGACACGGAGAACAACUGAACAAUGGAUCCACUUUACAAAGAUAGUCCUCACUUUAGGACUCUAAGGUCAAGGAGUAAUUAUGGCUAGUCAUCCUACCUCCAGUCCUAGCUCGAGAAAAGACUAGUCUUAACUCUUUGUAAAAUACAUCACAGUCUCCACUUACAAUCUGAACAUGUUUUAGUUCUACAUUCUUUACUUGUACACUUGGCUGACGAUGCAUGGAGGGCUCUGGCAUGAAUGAAUGGCAGUCAACUUGUAGAGAUGGGUGUGG